CGGGAAGCACGCGCUGGAAUCUGCGGCUGAAGUUCAAACUUUAACCGUCUGUCAAAAAUACCUGCAGCAGCAGCUGUAGCUGAAUGAAAGGAUCAGACAGAGAUGGAUGUAGCGGAUUAAUUAACAGACCGACGUGUGACGUUUCGGAGCCUCGCCGAGGAUUACGCUUCCACAGUCUCCAACUGUGGGGUGAUCUUUUUUCUCUAAAAAUAGGCGAGUUUCGGUAUGAAAAGCCCGCUGCAGGCAGGUCUCCACUAGGAGAUAUUUGCCGAGAUGUUGGCGUGUUGAAAGUAGAGCUUCAGUCAUUGCAUUUUAAACAGAUUUUUAAUUUCCCUUAAACAGUUUUUUUUUUAUUUCAAAUGUUUUCGGAGCUCUACCCUGGAUUAUCAGUGUCGGUUUUCACUUGUGUGAUUUAUUGUUGAUCAGGAAGGACGCAGCUGGACACCGCCCGGACCCGUGAUAAGGAAACCGGGACGGGAUUUCAUUUUGUUACCUUGGUUUUGGGAAGGAAAAAAGACAGCCAGCGUCCAGCCCUGCGUGCUGACAGAUGGCAACCGCGCAUGUUACUGGAAUAUUUUUGGAAUUCAAAUUGUUUUAUGUGUUAAAUAGGCCCUACCUGGAGGAAUAGCUGCAUGUUUUGAGAGCAGACCAGUCGUCCUUAUCCCCCAAACGGAUGCUCGGAUAAGUGAAAGGGUUAUUUGCGCUCAGGGACAUCCUCAGUGUUGGUGGGUCUGUAGUUUCUUAUAGUAGGCUAUUUGUCUUUUAAAGCACAAACCGGAGCUGCGCACUGGUUUUUUAUAUUGGGACUUGAGAUUAGCUAUUUAGCCUCCCAACAUCACUUUUCUCUGCUUCCUCUGGCGUUGGAUAUCUCUGAGGACUGUGUCCAAUGAAAGAGAAAAUUUACACUGAUGGCACGAGCUCUUACGUCCAUGUUACCUUAAACGCCUUAUUGGAGUAACCUCAAUUAGGCUUUGGAGGGCGAAUGGGAGGCUAAUUGGAGUUUUUCAGCAACCGUGUGACCCCCUCCAUCCACCCACCCUUCUCGUUUGAGGAUCUAUGUGUACGUGGGUGCUUGUCGUGGGUUUGCACGUUGAGACCACCGGCACCUGGAUUCCCGGUUCGCCACCCUUUUUUCUUCUGCCUAACUGCGAGCACGUCUGUUGCGGUAAUUCAGCUUCUGCGGUCCGGUCCCACACACACACACACACACACACACACACUCCCGUUUAUUCAGCCCCAGAAAACUACUAAGAUAGCCUCUCUCUCCCUGUGUGGAUGGAAGAGGAGUCUCGCAGGAUAGGAGACCAGGAGUUGGGAUAAGCCGCCGAGCCUGACCGCCGUUUUUAAAGCCUUCUCAUUGUGAUUUAACUCAUCUGUUAGUGGACGGAUCGGCCGAGGAAGAAAAAGGGAUUCUGGAGACAAGACUAGAAGAGCUGGAGAUCGAUGAAGGUGUCAGGAAGAAUUGAUCUGGCAACCAGAUGACAGAAAGGUGGGAUGGUGCCCUUGUUAGCUUGUCAUCCUGUUGUAACCCCGAGGCCAGUGAUGUGACUGGAAUUUAGAUUCACCCUAAAAAGGACUGACUCUACCAGAGGACUCCCUUCUUCCCCGGGGAAUCUUGGCAGACUUUGACGGACAGCUGGCUGAGCCAAUGACAAACUUCAAAGACUUUUAACACACGUCUGCAGGGUCAUCCAGGUUUGAGUACGUGCAUGUGAACCCGGAUGAGCGCCAGCACUGUUUUGUGCCCUGUGAGAAGAGGACGGCCGCCCUCCCUGCUAAAGAGGCUGUUGCAGAUCAAAUCCAGUCAUCACAUCACAUCUCAUCAGGGCUUGGCCCUGAUUGGUUCCCCUUGAUACAGGAAUUCUGAAACCCUCCAAAUCAGCAGCAGAGUAGCCAUGGUUGUCGUCUCCUGGCAGGCCUGCCCUCUCCUCCCCUUCCUCCUCUUCGUCCUCCUGUCCUCCCUCCCCUCCUGCUCCUCCUCCAUGCUGUGUCCGAAGCGGUGCACCUGCCAGAAUCUGCUGCCGUCCUACACUGUGCUGUGUGCCAAGACGGGCCUCCUCUUUGUCCCGCCCAACAUUGACCGCCAGACGGCUGAGCUCAGGCUAAUGGACAACUUCAUCACAACGCUGAGGCACCGCGACUUUGCCAACAUGUCCAGCCUGAUCCACCUGACCCUGAGCAGAAACACCAUCAGUCAGAUCCGGCCGUACGCCUUCGCUGACCUCCAGGAUCUCCACGCUCUCCACCUGGAUGCCAACCGCCUCACUACCCUGGAUGAUUCCCACUUCCAGGGCCUAGUGAACCUGAGGCACCUCAUCCUGGCCAACAACCAGCUGCACAGCAUAUCAGAGGGAGCCUUUCAGGACUUCCUGGAGACUCUGGAGGACUUGGAUUUGAGCUACAACAACCUGGUAGACAUACCCUGGGAGACCAUCGCCCUGCUCGUCAGCGUCAACACCCUCAGCCUCGACCAUAACCUCAUAGAGAGCGUCCCAGAGGGAAUCUUCUCCAACCUGCACAAACUGGCCAGACUGGACAUGACAUCCAACAAGCUGAAGAAGAUUCCUCCGGACCCGUUGUUCCUGCGCAUCCCAGUGUACGCAAAGAUGAAGGGUUCUCCUCUCACGGCGCUGGUGUUGAGUUUUGGUGGGAACCCACUACACUGUAACUGUGAGCUGGUCUGGCUUCGCAGACUGACCAGAGAGGAUGACCUAGAAACCUGUGCUUCACCUAAAGACCUGGCUGGCAAAUACUUCUGGACCAUUAGAGAGGAGGAGUUUGUUUGUGAGCCACCAAUGAUAACUCGUCACACCUCCAAGAUGUUUGUGAUGGAGGGUCAGGAGGUCAGCCUGCGCUGUAAGUCCAUUGGCGACCCUGAACCUUCGACACAUUGGGUCAGUCCUGAUGGAAAGCUGAUCAGCAACACGUCCAGAACCAUCUGCUACGAGAACGGCUCGCUGGACAUCCUGAAGGCUUCAGUCAAGGAUUCUGGAAAGUUCACGUGUAUAGCAUCUAAUGCAGCUGGGGAGGCCACCGCCCCUGUUGAGUUAGUCGUCAACCCUUCACCACAUUUUGACCCUAAACUGGACCCCAACCCGGGGCCUUCGGACAUCCCCACAUCUAUCAAGUCCAACGUGAGCGGCGGUCAUGCCCGGUCCGACCAGCAGAGGGUCAGUGUGUCGGAUCUAACGUCCAGUUCUGCUACCAUCAGAUGGCCUCCGCAGAACCACAUACCAGGAGUCCGCAUGUACCAGAUCCAGUACAACAGCUCUACAGACGAUAUACUCAUAUAUAGGAUGAUCCCAGCCAACCACAAGUACUUUCUGCUGAGCGACCUGGCAUCAUCCCGGGACUAUGAGCUGUGUGUUUUGGCCGUCUACGAUGACGGGAUCACCGCCCUGACGGGCACCAAGCUGGUGGGCUGCGUGUCCUUUAGUACGGACACAGAAUACGGACGCUGUCACUCUAUACGAGACCAGUUCCUGGGAGGCACCAUGAUUAUCAUCAUCGGGGGGAUCAUCGUUGCCUCUGUCCUGGUCUUCAUCUUCAUCCUCCUGAUGAAGUACAAGCUGCACAGUAACCACUACAAACAGAAAGCCGCCGCGCGCCAUGCCAACGUCUGUUCCCAGACCAACGGAGGAGGAGGAGGGGGAGCCAACGUCCUCGCUCUGCCGCCGUCCUCCUCCUCUGCAGGGCAGGGUGGAGGCGCUAAUAAAAACUCCCAACCAUCAUCAUCAACAGAGGGGAUGGGAGGAGCUUCUCUUCGAGGGACGACUGUAGUGGACUUAAAUCCCACCCAUGACGAUGACGCCAUCUCCCAAUAACACACAAGAAACUGUCAAUCAAACCCACAACCCACCAAUCUCUAAGCCCAAACCAAUACUCCACCUCCUACCCUCCUUUUUUGAUUUGUUGCUGGUGCCUGGAGCCAAACUCCACUUUUCUCAGAGGAGCGGCCCCUGUCAUUGAUUUACUUAUAUUCAGCUUCACAGCGCUGGAGGGAGAAGAGGCGGCAGAGGUGUCCCAGUGGUUUGCAUGGUGGCAUCCUUCUAUUGAGCCCCGCUGAUCAGGUAAUCAUCCCAGUGACACACCCUCCCCACCAGAACUGAUGUGAACAUCCUUUGGGCAGCCAGAGGAGGAUAAACAGCCUUCCUGUUGACAUGCAAAAGUCUCCACAAUGUUGGAAAUCAGAUAUGGUGGCCGCAGGUCAGGCUCGGGGCUUUGGACCCUGCUCAUGUUCGGUGCUUAACUGGGGCUUAAAACCUUGGAUCACAGUGAACACGGCCUGGAAUCGCUUCUUCUUUUCUGAAGGAAGUAUCCAAUGAUCUGCUGGGGCUUUUAAAGGGUGUCGAGUGGAUUUAGUCUCUGCAUUUGACAGUUGGAAUCCGUGCGGACACUAAAUGCUGCUCUGGGAAUAUACUGAACGGAUUACUGUUGAUUUGGAAAAAAACGAUUUAAAGACAUUUUUUCCAGGAUCUUCUCGGUUGAAGUUUGUCGAUUGACGGUGGCACCGCUCUUCUCUUUCCCCAGCAUACAGUCAUAUGCCAAAGGAUUACUGCAGUAUUUUGACCGCAUUAUUACAAUAUUGGGAGAAAUGCAGACUUCCAAAAGCACAACUCUCUAUUAUCUCUUACGAGAUACGAUACGAGCACAUUGUCAACGUCUUGUCUCAAUGCAUCAAUAAUAAACUGUCAAACUAAACGGUCAACUUAUCUGGCACUUUAAUAGUAUGUUUUCAUCUCAUCUCUCUUCCUCUCCUUCUCGCUCUCUCUCUCUGUCUGUCUCUCUCUUUCUCUCUCAUUCAUUUUCAUGAACAACUGAAUAGUAUACUCUCCAGUAUUAGCAAUCUCUCAACUCUUCUGGCUGCGAAUGACUUCGAUGAUGUUGAAAUAAUCUGUGUCUGCGUCCAUGGUGGAUCGGUUCUCUAUCUAUGUCGGAGUAUUAAAAAAAAAAACUUGGUGUCCCGAGAAUGGAGCCGUGAGGAACACCAGCGAGGAUUUAUUCAAAGCCAAACUUAAAGCACACACGUCUGGCUCGACAAUUGAUGGUGAAAAUGGUGAAUUCUGAUGUUCUGUUUGACACUGGAAAGCAACAGUACCUGUAUGAAACAAUGGUGAACUUGACCAUAAGUGUUCCUAAUACUAAAAGCUGGUACUCGAGAUCGUUAAAUGUAUUAAGCGGUUUUAAAAGAUGGCCAGCAGAACUUGCGCUGUCCCGUCCCCUCCCUCCCACUUUCUCCCCCUUUGCCGUUUGACAGUGUCUGUGUUUGUAUGUGACAUACACCUUACAGUCUUCAAUGGUUUGAUACCCAUGAUUUACUUUGAAUAUAACAAAACAAAUGACCACAAUAAGGAGAAAAAACACGCCAACAUGCGAAAUGGGGAUUUUAUGCUUUCAUAGAUACAAUUAUGUGGAUUUAUAAUGAAAUAAAAAGGUAUUUUUCUUGGA